AUGGCUACCUUAGAAAUCUUCACCUUCUUCUUCUUCUUUCCUCUUGUAGUACCAAGCACUACCACCUGCGGUGGAUCGACAUGCCCCGCCGGCGGUCCAUUGGUUCGAUUCCCUUUCCUGCUCAGAGACCACCAAGCCUCAAGUUGUGGGCACCCAGGGUUUAAUCUCUCGUGCAACAACAAAAAUCAAACCAUUCUCACUCUGCCAUCUUCUUCCGGGGACUUCAUCGUCCAAAGCAUCGACUAUAAGUACCAAACCCUAACGAUCAACGACCCCGAUAACUGCCUCCCAAGACGGUUCCUCCACCAUGACAUCAAUCUUAAAAAUUCACCCUUUUUAUACGUAUACGCCACUGAAAACUACACGUUCGUUGGCUGCUCGUCCCAAAACGCAUCUUGGCCAUGGAAAUCAGCACCCGCAAUCCCUUGCCUCACCGAGUACCACUACAAGGUCAUUUACGUUGUACAAACCAGUUCGCUUUUGCAGCCGGAUCCGAUACUUUUUCCGCCGGUUCCGAAUCCUUUGCCGGCUGGUUGCUCUAAAAUUUCGACAGCUUUGGUUCCAUUUUUAUUUGACUUUGGUGCUCAGUUGACUUGGGACAGUCCUAAUUGUCGUUCUUGUGAAGCUAAGGGUCGUGUUUGUGGGCUGGAAAAUGGUACUACAACUUCUCAAAUUCGGUGCUUUGGUUCUUCUGUGAUUUCAGGCUUUUCAAGUCUGCCAAGAGCUGCAAUGUAUGGCAUAGUGAUAGGCGUGGGAAUUCCAGGGCUACUGUGCAUCAUAGGGCUUGCAGGUUAUGUUUGUAACAAGAUGAGGGUUCGUGGUCAGAUUCACCAGCCCACCAUCACACAACUGUUAUCCACCAUACCCGAUCGACGACCUUCGACAGUCAGAAUUGGCCUUGAUGAUCCGACCAUCGAAUCAUAUCCCGAGAUUCAACUUGGUGAGAGCUGGGAAUUGCCAAAACUCAAUGACAACACUUGCCCAAUAUGUUUGGCUGAGUACCAGCCCAAAGAAACACUAAGGACCAUACCAGAAUGCAGCCAUUAUUUCCAUGCUAAUUGCAUAGAUGAGUGGCUUAGAAUGAAUGCAACUUGCCCAGUUUGUAGAAACCCACAAAAGAGAUAACAAUAUGUUUAUGUAGUACUGGUUAUUGAUAUAUAAUUGUUCCCCAUAUAUAUAUCCCUUACAUUUGUGAGGCCUGGGGCGAGACCAA